ACAGCCGUCGGCGGACACCCAGAAGAAAAAAGAAGUUAGGUCCAGUGUUUUGUUCGCUGCGGGCUGUCAGCGGGCACGUUCUUCUGGCUUUUUCCGGUCAGCCCAGAGGUUUAAACGCCACACAUCUGCUGCUGUCCGCUUUUUGCGUCACAAAGAAGGGAAAUGGGCCGGAAAGCGACCGUCGCGACGUGCUCCCUGAACCAGUGGGCUCUGGACUUUGAGGGCAACGCGGAGAGAAUACUGAGGAGUGUUGAAAUUGCUAAGGCGCGUGGAGCCAAAUACAGACUGGGUCCAGAGCUGGAGAUAUGUGGCUAUGGCUGUGCAGACCACUUCUACGAGUCGGACACGCUGCUCCACAGCUUUCAGGUUUUGCGGACCCUGCUGGAGUCUCCCGUUACCCAGGACAUCAUCUGUGACGUUGGAAUGCCCAUCAUGCACCACAAUGUGCGCUACAACUGUCGCGUCCUGUUCCUCAACAGAAAGAUACUGCUCAUCAGACCCAAAAUGCUGAUGGCCAACCAGGGGAACUACAGAGAAAUGCGCUGGUUCUCACCAUGGAACAAGCUGAGACAGGUGGAGGAGUAUUUCCUGCCCAGGAUGAUCCAGGAGGUCACAGGCCAGGAUACGGUCCCAUUCGGUGACUGUGUUCUCUCCACAAAGGACACCUGCAUAGGUACCGAAAUCUGCGCAGAGCUCUGGAACCCAAACAGUCCCCAUAUUCAGAUGGGGCUGGAUGGGGUGGAAAUCUUUACUAAUUCAUCGGCCAGUCACCAUGAGCUCCGCAAAGCUGACCAAAGAGUCAACCUGAUCAAGUCAGCCACCUUGAAGAGUGGUGGGAUAUACCUGUAUGCCAACCAGAGGGGCUGUGAUGGAGACCGUGUCUACUAUGACGGCUGCGCCAUGGUAGCCAUCAAUGGAGACAUUGUAGCCCAGGGAGCCCAGUUCUGCCUCAACGAUGUGGAAGUCAUUACCGCUACUCUGGAUCUUGAGGAUGUGAGAAGUUACAGAGGAGAACUAUGCCAACCACACAUGGAAAGUGAACCCAAACCCUGUCACAGGAUCAAAGUUGACUUCUCUUUAUCCAGUGGAGAUGACAUCUACCUUCCCACCCACCAGCCCAUACAGUGGCACUUUCACACACCGGAAGAAGAGAUCAGCCUAGGGCCGGCCUGUUGGCUUUGGGACUACCUGAGGAGAAGUGGACAGGCUGGCUUCCUGUUACCUCUCAGCGGCGGCGUUGAUAGUUCCUCCACGGCGUGCAUCGUUCACUGUAUGUGUGUGCUGCUCUGCCAGGCCGUAGAGGACGGCAACGGCCAGGUACUAAAGGACGUCCGCAGGGUGGUCGGGGAUGACUCUUACAGUCCAGAGCAUCCAAAGGAGCUGUGCGGGCGCCUUUUCACCACCUGCUACAUGGCCAGUGAGAACUCCUCCAAGGAUACAUGCAGCAGGGCCAGAGACCUGGCCGGCCAAAUCGGCAGCACACAUCUGGACAUCAACAUCGACAUGGCAGUGAAAGGCGUCCUGGGCAUCUUCUCGGCCGUAACGGGGCGGUGGCCCAAGUUUCGCGCCCACAGUGGAAGCCACAGAGAGAACCUGGCUCUGCAAAACGUGCAGGCCCGGGUAAGGAUGGUGUUGGCCUAUCUCUUUGCCCAGCUGAGUCUGUGGGCCCGUGGUAAACCCGGCGGGCUGCUGGUGCUGGGCUCUGCUAACGUCGACGAGAGCCUCACAGGAUACUUCACGAAAUACGACUGCUCCAGUGCGGACAUCAACCCCAUCGGAGGCAUCAGCAAGACGGACCUGAAGGGCUUCCUGCUGUACUGCGCCGAGCACUUCCAGAUCCCGGCUCUCAGAGGGAUCCUGGCUGCUCCGCCCACAGCCGAGCUGGAGCCGCUGACGGACGGACAGGUGUCACAGACGGAUGAGGCUGACAUGGGGAUGACCUACUCGGAGUUAUCGGCGAUUGGACGACUGAGGAAAAUUUCCAAGUGCGGCCCCUUCAGCAUGUUCUGCAAACUCAUACACAUGUGGAGGGACGUCCUCUCGCCCACAGAGGUUGCCCGGAAAGUGAAACACUUCUUCCGGAUGUACUCGGUGAAUCGCCACAAGAUGACCACAGUGACUCCGUCCUACCACGCGGAGAGCUACAGUCCCGAUGACAACCGCUUCGACCUCCGCCCCUUCCUCUACAACACGGGCUGGACCUGGCAGUUCAGGUGCAUCGAUCAGCAGGUGUCCCACGUUUCCCCAGAGGCCCCGCAGCAGUGACAACCAGGCUCCUCUGUGGGGAAAAUCCAUCCCAGAGAACCCUCUUCAUUUGGUCCCCUCCAAAGACGCGUCUGAUGAAGCAGAAGCAGGCGACACUGCCGGUGUAAAUAGCAGAGGAUCACCGCGGAGGGUUUUUAACGUCCACAUUAAGUCCACCAUGCCCAGUUUGGCCGGUUGGAUGAAAGCUAAGUUUGGCUGUAAUCUGUUGGUCGCUUUAGCCACGAAACCUUCUGAGAAUCAGCUCCUAAUGACGCGGUCCGAUUAGUAGGUUCAUGAAUUUGAUUUGACUGGGUUAUGACUGUAUAACAAUCAUAUGAAAAAUAAAUCUGUUGAUUGAAGUGUGUCUUUAAAAGUGCCUAGAGAUGACAUUUGUUGGGAUUUAGUAUUUCAUUUAUCAAACUGAAUUACCUGGUAAAACGGUCACCUGUGGAACCCAAAUAUUUAGCUAUUUAGCUUUACUCUGUUAGAUCCUGUUAACUUCCUGUUCCGGCUCUCGGCGAGCGC